GCUCCAUCCCAGGCACCAGCCAUGGCCAACCCAGAUGCCUUCCUAGGCAAAUGGCGCCUCAUCUUCAGCGAAGGUUUUGGUGAGUACAUGAAAAUACUGGGUGUGAGCAUGCCCAUGAGGAAGCUGGGAAGCAUGGCUAAGCCAGACAUCACCUUCAGCAGGGAGGGAGAUAAAUAUAUGGUGAAAACAGAAAGCACUUUCAAGACAUCAGAUUUCAGCUUCAAACUGGGGGAGAAGUUUGAAGAAGAUAUGAUAGAUGGCCGGAAAACUCAGACCCUUAUCACCUUAGAUGAUAACAAUGUAUUGACCCAGCACCAGCAGUGGGAUGGCAAAAAGAACACGAUAACAAGAAAUAUAGUUGAUGGGAAACUUGUUAUGGAAUGUGUCAUGAAUGGUGUCAAAUGUAUCCGGGUGUACCAGCAAGUAUGA